AUGUCCGAUAAUCACAGUUACGUUACGGUUGACGAUCUUGAGCUGCUCCAGGUUGUCAAAUCAAACCAGGGGCCGGAUUCAAAGUAUAAACGCGAUGCUGUGUACAUGCCCGGGGAAUGGCUAUUGGAAAUAGCGAGUGCCAUAUUGAGCCUUGCCCUUACCAUUGGUAUUGCCUGCAUCUUCUGGCAUAUGGACAACAAGCCUCUCUCUGACUGGAGCGCGCCUAUUUCUCUCAGUGCCACAAUCUCUAUCAUGACGACGAGCUACGCGGCUGCGGUCAUGCACGGAGUUAGUCAAUUCAUGGGCCAACUUAAGUGGCUUUACUUCAAGACGGGGCCUAAAAAGCUUUCACAUUUUGAGAGUUUCGACGCAGCCACGCGCGGCCUUUGGGGAUCCCUCAUGUUUAUCACUACCAUCAAGUGGAACCUGGCUACGAUUGGUGCUUUCAUCACCAUUUUGCGACUAACGUUUGCGCCAUUUGCCCAGCAAGUGAUUUUGCUCGAACAGCGGGACAUCGGCUAUCCUGAUUCUCAGGCUGCCUUCGGAUAUUCCCAUCAAUACAUCCGCGAGUUGACACAAGAAAUAGCAAACGCCCGUUUUGCGUAUGAGUACAAGGGUGCUAGCGCAAACGGUAGUCAGAUUUCCUUCGGAAUUAUCCGGGAAGUCAAUUUCGGUACCAUAAAUCCCUGGAAAUACACAAUUGAGGACGGUCUAAGCGGCUAUCUAUACACCAACAAGUCCGAAUCAGAUACUAUCAGUAUCCCCGCGUUCGAAAUAAGCUAUGUUAAUAUCAUAUCCCUGGGGAACUUCUUCACAUCUCCAACCAUCGUGACCGAAUGGGUGGAUGGAAACUUUGCGAACCAGAACCUAGGCCUAGCUGCUGCUUUGAUAGGGGACGUCGAUAUCAGCGAGCGCUUUGAGGGCAUGGCAGCGAGUAUGACGGAUUAUUUACGUAACGGGCCUAACGUGCAAUUUGCACAGGGCGAGCGAGUGGUGAUUGUGCCCUUCGUUUCUAUCCGUUGGGCAUAUUAUAUUGCACCAGUCAUCACUGAGGUUAUGGCAAUGCUCUUUGCUGUCCUGACCAUACUCAGCAAUCGAAGAAGCCACAACGUUCCAAUGUGGAAGUCCUCGGCGCUUGCUGUACUUUCAUGCCAGUAUAAUAAGCAGUUAAGGAAGCUCCAAACCACAGGCCAUGAUCUUCAGGAAAUGCGAGAAUCGGCAGAGAAUACUGCAGCCUGGCUAGAGUAG